CAAGAACCAUCAAGUGUGGUAAACCUAAAGGACAUCCUUGCUGAAUGCAAGAGAAACACCAACGUUGAUGUCUGCCUUCAUAAAGAUGCUGUCAUUAAAGAUUAUGGGGAAGAUCCUGUUGCUUAUUGUAGCAAGUUCUGGUCAGCAGCUACCAGAAUCUCUCCACAUGCCUGCUGAUGCUGUGACAGGUAUGCUAUGUGCUCAGCUGUCUCAAAUGACAAAUGAAGGAAUAACUAACCUCCCACAGAGUAAUGAAAAGGUUCAUGUGGUUCUUGACAACAGCAAGGCUUUUGUAUACCUCAUGGUAAUGAAGAGUUGCUUCCUAACAGUUUUUGAUGACUCUCAGGGUCUAGAGGUUUCUCAAUCAUUUCCAGAAGGAACCUAUCAGAAUAUUUCAGGGUUGAUCAGGGAUUCAUUCUUUGUAUAUUAUUGCCACUGUAAGACCGACAGAGAUGAUAGCCACCCCAAAAAUGAGACAGAUUAUAAGAAAUUCUUGCGCCAACAUUUAGGUCCUGCUUCCAGACAAUUCAGUAAUAGUAACUGUGACAGUGAAAUAAAAAAACGAUGCAUACUGGCCAGUAAAAAUCGCUGUAAAGAAACCAACACAUUCAUCCAUACUACUGCAAAGAAACUAAAAUCUGUCUGCAAUCAACCAGCAAAUAUCAAGGGUCUGCAUAAAAGUGAUCAACAAUUCUCCCUGACAGUGUGUAAUUUACACAGUAACCAGAUGAAGAAGCCCUGUAAAUAUAGGGCAGUGCAUCGCCACAGUCGAAUAAUUGUUGGAUGCAAUAACAAAAUGGAACCUGUGCAUUUUGAGGGUGAUUCUCCUUAGCAACAUAUUUGAAAGUGCGCAUAGAAGAAAAAAUCAAGCACAUUAUGAGCAACUAAAUGCAACUUUUGCACCAGAAGCCAUUUUCUUGCACUCUUUGUAUUAUAUAUAAAAGCUUUUAAAAGCAGUUUUUGCUUCAGAAGCAUUUUCUCAUGCUUGUUUGAUAAUCAGAGCUAUCAAAAUUAUAUUUUACUUUAAAUACAAUGAACUACUUUAAAACAUCUUUCGUCCUUGAAUUAUUAACCUUGUUAUCACGCAACUAUGUUUUCCUUCUAGUACAGUGUUUAACACAUACUGUAGUGCUGUAUUUGCAAGCAAACCAAUACAACUACAAUAAGUGUUAUUGUCGUGACAGUGGAUGAGUGAAUCAUUUUUAUUCUUUUCAACCGAUUGUUCCAUGCAUGAAUGCUAAAUAAAAUGUAGCAGAGUUUAUCUGAACUG